AUGUGGGGUUUGUUUUUUUUUAAGGAUGAUGGUGAUGAUUAUUAUUUUUGUAUCCAUAAAGAUGCCUUGUUGUAUUUCACUAAUUUGGUUUAAAUUGCACUGAGAAUGGUUUGCUCUGUACUCUGCUGAAGCUCUGUGAAGCGGGUUCAGCCCUCCCUUAGCCCCUCCCUGCCGGUGCAGCCCCACUGGCUGCAGCUCGGUUUCCCCUCCCCUCACCAGGGGUUUGAAAUUCCCCGCGUUCUCAUGCUCCCUCUCUUUUCCCCGGACUCCGUCCUUGGAUUAUCCCAGGAAAAGCAGCUUCCUUUGGUCUUUUGCUUUGUCCAUACCGAAUCCUCUCCAUCUCUGACCCAGAGCUAGCCAGAAGAAAGGUCGGACAGUGGGGGGAUCUCGGCAGGCUGUGCCCAUCGUGGGGCCUCCCCCGAGGUGAGACCCCCGCACUGGCUGGAUUAUAAACCUUUCGGACUGCUCUACCCUGCCGGCAGCCUGCCUGGCCCAAGGCAAGUCGGUUCGGGACACAGACUUUGUUCGCAGCACUUCCACACGGCCGAGGCCCCCAGGACAGGGGUGAGUAACCCUCGCAGGAGGCGGGGAGCCCGAAAAUCCCCCGGUGACAGGGGCUGGGUGCGGGCCGCUCUUGCGGCCGAGCGGGGCAGCCGGCGGAGCACGCGGAGCCACGUGCAGAGCGGCGCGGGGCGGCCAUGGGCGCCUCCGAGAAGCACCGGGAGCGCGGCGGGGCCCAGGGGACCGAGGAGAGCCCGGGAGCGGCCGGGACGGGCGGCGGCGGCGGCGUGGACGGGACCCGCAAGCACCGGCACCGCGGCGGGGAACGGCGCGGGAAGCGCAGCCGCUCCCGGGGAGAGCGCGGCGGCUCCGGGGGAGGCUCCGCUUCCUCCCGGCCCCAGAGGAGCGGCCAUGGCCGGGGACGCUCCGAGAGCGAGCGGAGAGCCAAGGAGAGGGCUCCUCCCGCUCCUCCUAAAUGCGCGGCAGCCGAAUCCUCCUUGAGCGUGGAAGAAACCAAUAAACUCCGGGCCAAGCUGGGGCUGAAGCCGCUGGAAACGACCACGGCCAGGAAAGAGGCGGGCACCAAGGAGGACCCCCUGGCAGCCGAGGUGAUCAAUCCCCUGGCGCUGCGGCAGCGAGAGGAGAUGCGAAAGAGACUGGCGGCAGCCAAGGAGAGACGGCUGCUGAACCAAAAACUGGGGAAGGUGAAGACGCUGGGGGAGGAGGAGCCCUGGCUGGACAACACGGCCGCGUGGGUCGAGCGCAGCCGAGCGCUGCAGAGGGAGAAAGAACUGGCAGAAAAAAGGGCCAAGCUGCUGGAGGAGAUGGACCAAGAGUUCGGGGUCAGCCCCUUGGUGGAGGAGGAGUUCCAGCGGCGCCGCAGGGAGUGUUACAGCGCCCGGGACCUGCAGGGGCUGACGGUGGAACACGACCCGGCCUCGAUCCCCGAGGGACGAACGCUGGUGCUGACCCUCAAGGACAGGGCAGUUCUGGACUCGGGCGAGGACGUUCUGGAGCAGGUGGCGCUGGCGGCCGAGGCUCGGGAGGAGCAGGAGCUGCGGCGGUGGCGCCCGGCCUACGAGCCCUACGGCGAGCAGGAGCCCGGCCCCGCCCCGCAGGCGCCAUCGCUGCUGGCCCAGUACGACUACCCCGUCCCCUGCUCCUCGUUCUGCCUGGGCCCGGGGGGCACCCAGGACUUGGGGGGGGACCCCUGGCCUGGGCCCCUCCCUCCCACUGGCCCGUCCCAGAGCCUGGAGCUGCCUCUCCCUCGCCUGGCCCAGGAGUACCUGAGCCCCGAGGAGAUGGCUGUGACCUUCCGCAAGAUGCAGCGCCGGGUUCGGAAACUGCGGAAAAAGGAAAAACCCCUGAGGGCUGACGACCUCCUGGCUCUGGCCCAGGGGGACUUCGGCUCCAGGUCUCAGGGCCGAGGCUGGCGGGUGCAGGAGGAUGAGGAGCGGGCCAGAGGGGACACCGAAAAUGGCCCCAAAUGCCCCGAGGGGAUCCCCCAGGCCCCGCUGCCCUCGGACAACAGCAGGAUGGAGAACAUGGACACCAGGAGUGAUGAGGGGGCAGGACCCACUUGGACCCCCCCAGCCCUGGAGGAGGAGGAGGCCGCGCAGGAGCUGCAGCAGCAGUUGGAGCGGGGCCGGCACCUGCAGAAGCUGCAUGAGGGAGGGGGAGAGAAGGGAGAGAGAGGGGGGGCCCCGGCGGGGCUGGAGCCGUGGAGUGGGGACGGGGGCAGCAUCGUCUUCAAUGCGACCUCGGAAUUCUGCCGGACCCUGGGAGAGAUCCUGACCUAUGGAAUGGCUGGGAACCAGCCUGAGCACAAUGAGCUCAUGGCCCUGGAGCACGCCAGCCGCCCCCCGUCCCCCCUGGAGCCCCCUGACUUGGAGGGGGAGGAGAAGGUGGGGUGGAGCAGCGUCAACCUGGCCGAGGAACGGCAGCACCAGGACUUUCCGGCUUCAUCCACCACAAUCCUGGACGAGGAGCCCAUCAUGAACCGGGGCCUGGCAGCGGCGCUGCUGCUGUGCCAGAACAAAGGGCUGUUUGAGACCAAAGUGCCGAAAAUGGCACAAGUGAAAGCCCUGAACAAAUCCCUGACCUCCUCUGUGUAUUGCAUCGAGGACAAGAUGGCCAUCAAUGGCAAGUACAGCUGCCAGGAGGAGUUCCGGGGUUUCACACAGGAUUUCAAGGAGAAGGAGGGGUACAGGCCUGACAUCAAGAUCGAGUAUGUGGACGAGACCGGCCGCAAGCUCACCCCCAAAGAGGCGUUUCGGCAGCUCUCCCACCGUUUCCACGGGCAGGGCUCAGGAAAGAUGAAGAAAGAACAGAGGAUGAAGAAAUUGGAUGAGGAGGCACUGCUGAAGAAGAUGAGCUCCAGUGACACCCCCCUGGGCACGGUGGCGCUGCUGCAGGAGAAACAGCGGGUGCAGAAGAUGCCGUACAUCAUCCUGAGCAGCUCUGGGAAGAGCAUGAAUGCAAAUACCAUCACCAAGUGAGGGGCACAGGGACACCUGGGACAUCCUGGGACAUUUCUG